AUGCUUCCUCCAUUGAACUUGGCGGACAGCAAAGGUGGUUUCUUCGCUCGGAAGCGUGUGGAUGGAGGUGGAUCUACUGGAAAGAAGCCAAGUAUUAUUCGACCGUCUCCCCGUUCGUCGAUUCAUGUACCAGUAGCCCGAACGAGUCGAACGAAUAACGAAAAUGCUGCCAUGUCUCCUGGUCGAACGAAUAACGAGAAUGCUGCCAUGUCUCCUAGUCGAGAGGAUUGUCCAGAUUUGACCGAGAUUUCUAUGAUUCCCCGUGAAUUCUUUGUUGUGGAGACCAACGCUGUUCUUCUGCCCAAAGAAUAUCCACCACACCAGUACAAGUCAACUCUGAAUACGGAGGGAGAAUGGGAGACUGUCGUCUUUCCAGCACUGGCACCGCACAACCGACAACAAGUGCUGCAUCUUCGACAAACACUGGAUAAAAUGCGUGCUACCAUGCCACAACUUGAGGAGAAAUGUGAAGAUAUUGGCUCUAAAACAGACUCUGUCGUAGCUGAAAGAAGACGUUUGGUGCUUGACUACACAAGUCAAGAGACUCAAAUCUACUCAUACUGCUUCCAUGAGCUUGCGCGGCAGAUAAAAUGCAUCUGCAAAGAGCAAAGUGAACUCUUACAUGAGAUUCGCAAACGUUAUGAUGCAGCGGUGGCUCGCCUUAUCGAUCAACUAGAGGUUGUCUAUCAACAGAGCAAUCAACAGCAAGACCAACUGGCUGAACUAAAUACACAACUCAGACGAAUUCAAGAAGAAGAAAAGCAACUUAUGGAGAGAAUAAAAGAGCUAGAGCACCAAGUGAAGACUGGCCCUCCUCUAACAGCAGAACAGGAGGCGAUUAAGUUGCGUAAGGCUCGAACUCAAACAGGCAGGCGGUUGAGUGGAGAUUACGAUGAAGAGAAGAGUAGUGAAAGCGAUAUCGAUGAGGACGAAGCAGAGUGGAGACGGCGGCGCGAUUCUGCGUCAAUCAAAAGGCCUUUGAUCAGCUCAAAGCGCGACUCGACCAAAGAGCUCACUUUGGCAGCGACACGAUUGCAGGCUGCUUUCCAAAAGUACCAGGCACGGAAAGAGCAAACCCGCAUUACUAUUCGAGUGGAAAAGCAGGCGGCGGCAAUGGAUAUCCAGCGUUCAUAUCGAGGCUUUCGGGACCGGCAACUUGCACUGCACCGCAGAGCAGUCAUGCGAACUAUCUUGCGUCGGCGCGAAGAGAAUGCAGCGGUUGAACUCAUGCAAGCCAAUGUUCGGGCGUAUCUGCUUGAUCGCCGCCGCAGUGCUAAGCUUAAACGCUCUUCAGUGAGCAUGCUGAAACUUAGCGACGAAAAUGAACUAGAACUAGUCAUUCCUGCACUUGCUCAGAACCCAGAACCGAUCACCGAAGUGGAGACACCUGUAUCGAAUGAGAACAACAACGAAGAAGUCAACAAGGAGGAAGAAGGUAAACAAGAGGCUGAAGUAGAUACAAAGCCAAAUCCAAGGCAAACGCUGAUCCGGCUGCUUACAACGUUCCGUGAGCUGGCGUCUGUCAUUUCCAUGUUUCAUCGUAGAGAUAAUCAGAGUAAUGACACUACUCUCACUGCUGAGAACGAGUCGAUUGAGGAACAGAGAGACUUACCUCCUAGACCAGCUAGUGCCGCUCCAUCAGAAACACUGGAUGAAGAAGACGUUGAGCUUUUCCAACAAACAAUGCAGGAGGCUCAAGCUCUUGUAGGCUCGCUUCAUAUCGUGCUAGGAACGGUCCAGGAGGAAGCCUCUGUUAGUGACAGUGAACUGACCCCGGAAGACACUAACGAACAAGCGAAUUGUGACGAUGCGGCUCAAACGGAUCUACUGGAUGAUCUGGAUCAGACCCAAAAUGACAAUAUCGAUGUGGCUCAGCAAACAGAUAUCGACUCCAAGGUUGAUGCUAACGUUUUGGAUGAUGACGAUGCCCUCAACAUUCCGUUCGGGGAACGCGAAGCCAUGCGACUGCAAAACUAUGCAGAGCUGCAUCUGGAUGACAGUUUAUGGAGCUCUGCCAUGUAUUAUCCUGCUUCCAGACAAGAUAUGGUAGAGACCGAGUUUCUCUUGGCGCCUGUGUUGGCAUCGCGAGAGCAGAGAAAAAGACUGGUAGUUCUGAAGCAGUUCAUGUCGGACAUCUACGACACGAUCGUCGGGAAGCUCAAGGAGCUGCCACCGCGACAACUAGCAGAGCUUGUUGCUUCUCGCUGCCAUCUCACAUUAUCCUUCAUUGAGUGGCGUCAGCAGAGGUCCCAGCUCUUCUCGAGAGCUGUAGCUGUUGAUCCACCUGCGGGACAGAUCAUUCCUCUCAAUUUUAACAUUGAACAGCUCGCUAGAGAGCAUUUCCGCUGUCGCUUAGGACUAUCGCAACUUAUUGAUACUGCGUUGGCCAAUCUUCUUGAAACCAUGGAGGACUUUACUGCGAUCGACCCGGAUGUUAAGCGCUUCCAGGAGUUUAUGACGAACGAGCGAUCAGAAGAGGAACUGAUCUUCUGUUGUAUAUGUCGGUACCUCUGCGCACACCGGUUAACAAGCGACGAAAGCCCAGCAGGCACAGCGCCUUCGUCGUGUCACCGCCACCCCAUGUUUCAUCCUGUUACCAUGCGCGAGAUAAUUGAUAUCCCCCACGUUCUUGAACUCGCAAAAAUACUCUUCCGAGUCGAAGACGAGAGUUUUAUCGUGGAAAACGACACGCCGUUUACUGAGAUUGAGAACGUCGUGUAUCGACAGUAUCUGCCGAGCAAUGGUUACCACCAAUUCGAGUCUAUCGUCUCAUCCUUCUUCGUCGAUCCGGACAGUCAAGCGGCUGCAAUCUCAUCGACAAUAGAGGGAGAAGAAACUGGCGGUCCGACAUUUGUAAACUCGUGUCGACGUCCUGAUGGAUCACCACGCCGUGCCAGUGCGAUGGUGCGAUCAACUAACUACAAUCAGUUUCAUUCGAAGCAGCAUAAUGUGCAGGCACCAAGAAGUCCGAUAGUACGUCGUCAAAAUCGUAAAUCAUCGCAACUAUGGUCCCAAAAGUCUGCAACUUCGGAACUCAAGUGGGUUUACUUUGAGGAGGUUCUGGCGCUGCUUAUUAAGUACCGGCUUGAGAUGAACCACUUCCAUCUCUUUUCGUACUGGGUACAGGAGCUUUUCAACCUCGCAGCAGCAAACAGCGAUACAGUCUCAACUCGAGGACGAGAGAACUCAGUGAAGUUGCUGGAUGAUUCAGCAUUUGUCGAGACACUCAUGCCGUUGUCUCUAGGUCCAUCCGAACGAGAAUUGAGGAAUAUUUUCCACAAUUCCUUACGUCAACGGAAGCUGCAAGUGUCCAUGCCUCUGCGUGUAUUCACGUCAGUGGCUUUGCUGCUCUUGCGGAAUGGUCUAUUGAGCGUGUCAACUUAUGCUCCCAUGCAAAAGACACAAUCUUACAAUGGAAACACAGCUGGAACACGACAGCGAGCACUCUCUAUCCGAGAGGAGAGCGAGGACAAACAAUGGCGAGCUCUCGCUCUCAAGUGGAGAAUGCAGGAAUCUUCGUUCGAAGCUGCGAUAGAGGCCAUCUACCACGAUCCAACCCCCAAUGUCGACCAACUUGAUGAUUCCAUACCUGUCAACAAGACUCGAGCGGCUCAUGCAUUGCAACUAUUACAGCUUCGCCAAGAACUCUACGACUUGUUCGCCAGUCGAGCGGGCAGAGGUCGCGACCUCAAACGUGCCCAUGAAAUCUACGAGACGCUAGUAAACGAGCGACUGGCGCGCGUAGGAGGCGACACUAGGGCGUUAGAAGCCCAGCUAGGGCAACUCUAA